AUGAACGUAGUGGUACUAGGAGGGGGUACAGCCACAAAUCUGUUGGUGCCCUGUUUCGAUGAGGUUGCUAGUUCAUUAACUUAUAUACUUCCGAUAUCAGAUAACGGUGGAUCCACGUCGGAAAUACUUCGGGUGAUUGGAGGACCAGCAAUCGGAGAUAUUAGGUCGAGACUUGUGCGGGUGAUUAAUGAUCCGUUUUUGAUCCAGGUGCUUUCUUAUAGACUUCCUAAGGAUGGUGCAGUGGCCAAGGUGGAGUGGAAUGAUAUUGUGGAGGGUUCUCAUGCCAUUUGGUCUGGGGUUCCUGGUCCUCUACGGGAGUGUGUGAGGCCAUUCUUAGCACACAUUCAAUCUGAGCUUUUGAAACGAAGUAAGAUAUCUAAGCCGUUCCAGUUUGGUAAGGCUUCUAUUGGGAAUCUAUUCUUGACAGGAGCGCGGCUAUUCUUGGGGUCGUUAGAUGCGGCUAUAGAACUCGUGCUACGGAUAGGCAGGUGCGCAUCAACGGUAAGCGUGGUUCCAUGUAUUAACUCGAACCAUAUGUACCACAUAUCUGCGUUGCUCGAAAACGAUAUGAUUAUUACAGGCCAGUCCCAAAUCUCUCACCCUUCAAUACCAUUUAGUGACCGAUUUUCCGCAUCUUUCAAGAAUUGUGGGGACACUACGCCAACGUGGAACAACAUCCCCACAUUAAUGGCACCGUACACUAUUGAAGAUGAGGAGGAAGAAGAUGCUACACCGUUUUACAUACAUCCAGCUUUGAAGACAUCGCAGCUAUAUUUUGAGAAAAUGAUAGAUGAACAGCCUUUACCAGCUUGUGUCAAGAGGGUCUUUUACAUCAAUCCAUAUGGUGAAGAAAUAUUCCCAGUUGGUAAUUCAAGAGUUAUUCAAAAUUUGAAAAGGUGUGAUAUGUUGGUAUAUUCGAUAGGGUCUCUAAUGACAAGUUUGUUACCUAUGGUAAUCCUUGGAAAUUUGGCGGAGGCCAUUGUGGAAACAAAAAUGAAAAAAGUGCUAUUAAUAAACAACACGUAUGAUCGUGAAACGUUCGGCCUCACGGGCUUGCAAUACGUGAUGAUGAUACUUGACUCGAUGGAAACAGCUGUCACAAGAUACAAAAAAUCUAGAGCGAAAAUGGAUCACAUGAGAUGGCCUGCUACAGCAUAUAUUACUGACAUUGUAUAUCUAAAGAGGGGACAGAUAACUAUAGACCGUAAAAUAUUAGAAAGAAAGGGUAUACGGUUUCAUGAAGUGGAAUCAGAUAUAUUUGACAACAACCAAUUAAUAAAUAUCUUGAAAAAUAUCCAGUGA